AUGUCCUGCCUGUCGACUCCCUGGACUGUCUUGGCUGUCCCAGAGCUCCUAAAGAAUGCAGACUGCCAGAGUGAUGUAGAAAGCACUGUGGCGGCUGAGCACAGCGACAUCGAAACUGUCGAGGACUCUUGCCCUUCUGAACUCCCAUCGCCGCGCUCCAGUGGUACGGCUGACGCGUGUGAUGAAGAGGAGGGCCCAUGCAACGUGGUUGUGAGGAGCACGUUCAUCGAUGUGGAUGAUGGCCGGAGCCUGAUGCAAAGCUACAGGCAGCUGCGCAGAGCCAUGACCGAUUCGGUCUUGGCAGGCGCCUUUGCCGAAGAGGAGGCCUAUGAGCCUGGGAGGUUCAGCGAUGAACAUGCCAAGGUGCAAGAGGCAGCUAACGCGCCCUGUGCACCUGUAGCGGCAGAGCCCGUGCCACAGGCGACAGAGACCAGGACAGAGACGAGGACAGAGAAGGAUUCGGCCAAGCGCACGACUCCUGAGCGUACCACGCUGAUGCUUCGUAACAUUCCGAACAAUUAUUGUCGCGAGAUGUUCCUGGCUCUGUUGGAUGAGCAUGGCUUUGCUGGGCGCUACGACUUUGUUUACCUGCCCUGUGACUUCUACCGCCAGGCCAACCUUGGCUACGCUUUCGUGAACCUGGUGGACGGCGCGGCCGUCGACGAGCUGUGGCAGGCCUUCGAUGGCUUCUCAGGCUGGUCCCUGCCCACGGCCAAGGUCUGCCAGGUGAGCUGGAGUGGCCCGCACCAAGGCUUCAAGGCGCACGUGGAGCGUUACAGGAACAGCCCUGUGAUGCAUCGCAGCGUGCCCGACGAGUACAAGCCCGUCAUCUUCAAGAACGGUGUUCGCAAGAGCUUCCCACGCGUCUCUUGUCCAGUGCUGUUGAGCAGCGCAGGGCUGCCAGUGGUGAGGCAUGGCUGCGCCCAGUCGGCGGUGGACCGGUCCCUCACGGUGCCUUUGCCUCAAGCUGUGCACGAAUUUCGGCCCGAUGCUUUCCAGCAAGUGCAGGACUCUUGCCCUUCUGAACUCCCAUCGCCGCGCUCCAGUGGUACGGCUGACGCGUGUGAUGAAGAGGAGGGCCCAUGCAACGUGGUUGUGAGGAGCACGUUCAUCGAUGUGGAUGAUGGCCGGAGCCUGAUGCAACGCUACAGGCAGCUGCGCAGAGCCAUGACCGAUUCGGUCUUGGCGGGCGCCUUUGCCGAAGAGGAGGCCUAUGAGCCUGGGAGGUUCAGCGAUGAACAUGCCAAGGUGCAAGAGGGAGCUAACGCGCCCCGUGCACCUGUAGCGGCAGAGCCCGUGCCAGAGGCGACAGAGACCAGGACAGAGACGAGGACAGAGAAGGAUUCGGCCAAGCGCACGACUCCUGAGCGUACCACGCUGAUGCUUCGUAACAUUCCGAACAAUUAUUGUCGCGAGAUGUUCCUGGCUCUGUUGGAUGAGCAUGGCUUUGCUGGGCGCUACGACUUUGUUUACCUGCCCUGUGACUUCUACCGCCAGGCCAACCUUGGCUACGCUUUCGUGAACCUGGUGGACGGCGCGGCCGUCGACGAGCUGUGGCAGGCCUUCGAUGGCUUCUCAGGCUGGUCCCUGCCCACGGCCAAGGUCUGCCAGGUGAGCUGGAGUGGCCCGCACCAAGGCUUCAAGGCACACGUGGAGCGUUACAGGAACAGCCCUGUGAUGCAUCGCAGCGUGCCCGACGAGUACAAGCCCGUCAUCUUCAAGAACGGUGUUCGCAAGAGCUUCCCACGACCGACCAAGAAGGCCCGAAUCCUUUUCAAACAUGUCUGUACAGAAGGCAAGUGGACGCUCAGGCGUCUCUUGUCCAGUGCUGUUGAGCAGCGCAGGGCUGCCAGUGGUGAGGCAUGGCUGCGCCCAGUCGGCGGUGGACCGGCGCCUGUAAAGCUGCAGGCCGAGACAAUCACGGAAUUCGUAGCAAAACAUCUCUAG